CUCCGCUUAUGCCUGGUAGGGGUGCUUCUGCGUCGCCUCGUCGAAGAUCCCUUUAUUCCGAAGGAAAUCAGUAGGCCACAGUCUAGUCGCCCGACUAUUUGUUUAGUCUUCAGAUUCCAAUAGACCCUGAAGAAGUAACGAACCGGAACGAGAGAGAGAGAGGAGGGAUCAGGGGUGGUGGCUAGCACCAAACUCAAAGAGGCACGUAGUGGCCGUAAUUAUAUGAGAAAGAUUCCAUUACAACUACCUCUGUGCGGGGACUGGGAGGAGCAGACGCGUCGCUCAAUGGAAAGUGGGCUCUGCUGGCGAUACGACUUGACGCGCACCUUGCAGCAUUCUGGGAUAUCUUCGAGUACGCAGAGAAAGAAGCUGACGCCAGAAGCAGUUUGAAACAAGAAUCGAUGAAGCUACAAGCGUCUUCGAUGAAAGUGAAAUAAGCAUCUUCGAUGAGACAGAUGAAGCCUUCUCCUCGCUUUUACAUCCGAUAUCUGGUGGUGGCCGAGACGAAAGGUUCUUGAAGAUGAAUUGAAUCCAAGUAGGAUGUUAGCAGAAGAAGGACUUUUCGGUGCGCACGUGGCUUUUUGCAAAGCGCAAGCUGUACCAGGCGUCCUUUCGUUGGUUCCGGAGGGAAAAGAGCACUUUUAUGACAUUAUCAUAACCGUAGAUGAGGAAAACGUACGGGAUGAGUGGAAUCAUACUAUCAUGACAUAAAAAUGCUCCCAUCUUCUUCAUAGCACGACACGAAUGCGCGCGCCCAUAGUUUUCUUAGAGCAGAGUGGUCCAUAAUAGAUCCAAAAAAGACCUCUAAGUGUAAGUCUAAAAAGCGUCUACAACCUCCUUUAGGGACUCAACCACGCAUUGUUGUUGAUACCCCUUCUUGUUACACUGCAUUUUCAAUGAGAACGAUAACCAAUCCACCAACGUCGCAAAGCAAAGGAACUCCCUGAAACACACUCACCUGAUGUGAAGUUCAAGCAACAAGCGC